AUGUAUGCAAAAGACACUCCCCUCAAUCGAGAUGGCUUUGGACUGCAAGGUACGAAUACUCAGCUUCGCCAGUCUAAUGGCUGCCCAGACCAGUCUUCCAGAUCUGUCAAGCAAACCAAUCAUCCCAAUGAAUUCGAGAACUCAGAAUUGCCUGUCGCAGCCCGGUUUAUGCACCCUGGAGAAAUAUCGAACAAGACUAACGUGCUAUGUGGUCCCCUGUUGAACUACCGAUCGAUGCAAGGUAAUACCUGGGAGGGAAGCAUUCUCAUUGUGACAAGAAGUGAAAGAAAAUCUCCGACCGAAACACCAAUCUUGACCCUUGAUCGACUUGAUUCUGGUGAUGUCGAUGAGGGUCUUUGCUCGACGGCGUUACCUCACCUUCGCACCAAAGGACGCUUACUGUACUCAGACUUGGGUCACAGCUUCUGGAGGUUUGAUAUACGUCUUACAAUGGAAUCAUUUACCACUAUGUGGCAGUAUACCGUUGACAACGUGUAUUUCCUCAACCGGACUAGCGGAUUAGCUCACUCGUUUGCCGUCCCCUCAAGAGACGAAUCCAUGCGCAUCAUGUUCUACUCGUGCAAUGGUUGGUGUGAUGGUGCGGAAAACCGGGAGUGGAAUCAUCUCUCACUGUGGAAGGAUGUGCUCAGACAACACAGUCACCGGGCAUUCCAUGUCAUGGGUCCUCUGCUGGACUGGACCAAGACUGAGAACCUACAAGAGCGACUUAGGUACAGCAAGGAGCCAUUUGCCUCUGCUCUGUCUCAAAUACCUUCGCUAAAUAUGUGGGACGACCAUGAUAUUAUCGAUGGAUUUGGCUCAUAUGCGAAGGAGACGAUGGAAUGCUCGGUUUUCCGGAUGAUUGGUGCCCUCGCUCAUAAGUUCUACAUGAUUUUCCAGCAUCAUCUUCCCCCAAGCAAGUCCCAUCAUGACGGUCAGGAGGAGUCCACAACAAUCCCAUUGCCCGAGUUACAAUAUGUUCUUGGCUCUAAGCUAGGGCCAUAUAUUAAAGCUCCAUCUCAUAAUAUUGUGACUAGGUUAGGAGCUCGGAUAGCCUUUUUGGGGAUCGAUGCUCGCACGGAGAGAACUCGUGAGCAAACAAACUAUCGUGAUACUUACGACGCUGUAUUCGCCAGAGUACAUGCAGAUUUAGCCGUGGCGAAGGGCUCCGGCCGCCCGAUGAAGCACUUGGUGAUACUUCUGGGCAUACCCAUCGCUUAUCCGCCUCUGACCUGGGUCGAGGGUGCUAUUGAAGGAUCACUUGGUAGGAUGUUCCAGAGGGUGAGUAGGACCUUUGGCGUUGGUGAAAACUCCAUAAACCACUUUGAUGACGCCAUUGAACUGCUGGACGACCUCAACGACCACUAUACAUCCAAAGCCCAUCAACAGGAAAGAUGUUAUCUAGUUCAACAGAUCCAAGCAGUAUGCGCCGCACACUCUGUGCGAGCCACCAUUCUUAGUGGUGAUGUCCAUCUGGCUGCCGUAGGAAGAUUCUUCACGAAACAAAGGGGUGCUACUCUACCGGUGGAAGAAGAUUUUCGCUUCAUGAACAAUAUCAUAUCGUCGGCUAUUGUCAACCAACCGCCUCCCCCAGUUGUGGCCAACGUGAUUACGCAAAGCGACAAAUCCCGAAACUUAGAUACCUACACCGAAGAGAUUCUGUUUAAGCUUUUCAGGGCAAACCCGAGCGAUUGUCGCAAAGACCCAGAAGGUACCUCUGUGGCUAUGCCUCGUCGGAACUAUACUGUGAUUACGGAGAACUCUCCCAAUAAUGCUGGGCGCAAUGAAGGGAUCGAUAAAAUCUCCUUUGGACAAUUUUUCGCUAGACGCGGCCACCGACCUCUUCAUUUCGGAGAAGCCAACGCAGGCCCCCAACAUCAUGCUGCGUCGGAUCAGCACGGGAAGGGAAACGACGGCAGUCUUGACAUUUGUAUCCAUGUGGAGGCAGAUCAUCAAAGUCAUCGAGGKCAAACUGUCGCUUAUGGCUUCAGCAUCCCGGCCCUUCAAUAUACUGGUCCUGUGAUUGCAGAACCGACAUGGCCCGAGUCGUCGACCGACAUCAUUGAAUAG